AUGAAGCCGGUUGAUGGCAAAGUAUCAGAAGGCUCGCCCCAAAGUCCAGCACCAAAACCAACAUCGAAACCUCCGAAGGGAGAUAUUGCGGAGCAACCUGUUCAAGAACCCCCUAAACAGGCGGAAGGACAAAAGCUUUCUGUAUCCGAUUCCGGAGAGGCAGAUUAUGAUUUACGUCCAACGAGUUCCAAGCCAAGAAGCGAAUCUCUCGAGUCGUUGACUGAAUUACUCUUCUCGGAAGCAUAUCUACGCACUCUCACCAGCGACCCUCAACUUCUGGCACGAUUUAGCUCCUUCCUCUCUCACUACGAACCAUCGAUCGCACCUCUCGUUCUCCAAUACGUCGAAACGCAAAAAGUGGUCAAAGCCAUCUCAUACGCCAACGCAGUAGCAAAGACCCUUCCAGGAAACGAAAACGCGGCCGAGCUCUCGAAAUCGUUUCAAGACUCUGCUCAGCAUGCUUUCGACACCCUUCUCAACACCGCUCUUCCUGCUUGGGUGACGUAUAACCUAGUUAAGACAUCAACAUCUAUCCUAAUCGCCGAAAUCACGAAUCAAUCCACGCCUCUAACGCGCGACUUAGUCGGGGGCCUCAGCGAGGUGUUCUGCAUCACGGAUCCGAAUGUGGAGGAUAAUCCAAUUGUAUAUGCCUCGGAGGAGUUCUAUCGAUUAACGGGGUAUGGAAGGGAUAGCGUUAUUGGGUUUAAUUGUCGGUUUUUGCAGGGAGGGAAGACGAGGAGGGAAAGUGUGAGGAGGUUGAAAGAGGCGAUUGGGAGGGGAGAGGAGAUUUGUGAGACGUUGCUUAAUUAUAGGAGGGAUGGGAGGCCGUUUGUUAAUGUGUUGAUGUUGGCGCCGUUGCAUGAUGAUAGGGGGAAUGUGAAGUAUUAUUUGGGGGCGCAGGUUGAUGCUAGUCGGUUGGUGGAGGGCGGGAGAGGGGUUGAGGGGUUGGAGAGAUGUCUUGUGAGGAAAGAGAUGGAGGAGAAGAGGAAUAUCGAAGGCGAUCGCGAGCCGAAGCAGAUUGUACUGGAGAAGUUGAGGGAUUUGAGCAUGGCUUUUGAUCUUGAGGAGAGUGCUGUGGUACAGAGUCAGAGUCGACGGAAUUCAAUAUCCAAGGAUGAAGAACCAUUUACAAAAGGAAGAGCGGCAAGGAGACGACUUGAGUAUGACGGCGAAAAUUUGGCCAGUGAAGACGACGACUUUGGUGACGAAGAGAAACACACCUUACCGGAAUGGACAAUUUCUCAAAACAAGCCGACAGGCAAAUUACCAGGCAUAUACAAAAAGUACCUCCUCGUCCGACCGUACCCAUCUCUUCGAGCAAUAUUCGUCUCUCAAUCAGCGCGCAGACUAGGAAAGCUGCAGCAGAAACCAUUGCUGUCGUAUCUCGCCGCUCCAGCUUCAACGCUGGCUGGGUUGAAAGAGUGCUUCCAGUCCGGUACACCUGUCACUGGGAAAGUUGCAAUCAUGAAACAAGCAGGGAAUAAUCCAAGUACGCACGGGGAGAUUUGCUGGAUCUCUGCUACACCCAUGUUGGAUGGGAAUGAUGGAGUGGGAGUAUGGAUGGUUGUUAUCGUAGAUAAAAACAGUGCUUCCUCGAAU